CAGAAGGACGGAGAGGGGGGUGGAAACCACGCCCCCUCCAGGAGGCCCGAUCGGAUUGGCUGCUUGGGAAGGGAGCUGGCCCCGCCCCCCAGGGCCCCGCACUCUAUAAGUAGCCGGCGCGGCCCGCUACCGGCUAGUCCUCUUCGCAGGGUCCUGCCGCCGCCGGAUCAUUGUCCUGUGCCCAGCCCAGCAUGAAGGUCGCCAGCGCCGCCGUCGCCUCUCCCGGGCCCAGCUGCGCCCUGAAGCGGGUGCGGCUGGGCGGGGGCGCGGGCGAGGCCGUGCGCUGCCUCUCGGAGCAAAGCGUGUCGUUGUCGCGGGCCGGCGGCGGCUCCCCGCGGGGGCUGCCCCUGCUGGAGCAGGCGGAGCAGGCGGCCGCCGCCGCCUCGCUACUCUACGACAUGAAGGGCUGCUACUCGCGGCUGCAGGCGCUGGUGCCCACCCUGCCCCGCCACCGCCGCGUCUCCAAGGUGGAGAUCCUGCAGCACGUCAUCGACUACAUCUGGGACCUGCAGCUGGAGCUGCAGCACCCGCCGGCCCGCGGCCAGCCCCUGGGGGGCGGCCCCGACGGGGAGCCCGGCGGCUCCGCGGAGCAGGCUGCCUGCGUGAGUGCCAGCGACAGUAUCCUCUGCCACUGAGAGCCUGCCUGGGAGCAUGGAGCACUCCUGGGCUGAGGAGCAGUAGCUCUGUCCCCCGUAAGGGGGAGGUCUGGCUGGUGCCCCCCCAGCUCCCCAGGAGUCGUCUGAAGGGAGCGCUCUGGUGAGCCUCUUGAAGGAGAUGAGGAUGGGGAGUCUGUGCUGAGCCCUCCUGUUCGCCUGCGUGUGGAGCCUUCUGGGAUCCUGGAAGGAGGAACAGGAACCAGGACCGGGGCUAUUUGCAACAGCCCUGGUGCUUCAGCUGCUGCUGCGACAUCAAAGACUCUUGAGACUUUUCUGUGUGGGAGACUCUUAACUUUAUACAAAACCCCCCAAACCUAAACCUGUAUCCUUCUCAGAUUGCUGAGAAUAUUCCCUGUAUUGUAUAUUACAAUGAUGCUACCGAGAAUAUUGUUCUACAAUAGUUGGAGUUUUUGUUAUUAAACAAAUGCUGAUUGUU